AUGAAGGUCCUCACAGUCAAUUUCCUCACAUGCGCCGUCAGAGGCUGCCGAGUGUCACAGUCAUCGUCAUCACUUCACUUCAAGGAUGCAGAGCUUGAAAAGCUGGAACUCGAUUUCAAUCCGACUUUUGUUCGAAACAUUUUACCCCGCCUGGACUGGGAUCGUCUCAGAGCAACAGCACAAGAGCUUGGGUUUCCAACAAUUUCAGACACAAAACCAGAGGGCGACGGCGUCAACGAAACAAACCUGCAGGAUCUCCACCGUUUACUACUGGAAACCGAAGUAGUUGAAGGAAAACUAUGCUGCACGAACUGCGGUCAUGAGUAUGAGAUCAAGGAUGGAAUCGCAAACUUUUUACUCCCAAGUCAUUUGGUGUGA